UACAUAUUAUAUCGAAAAAAUACCGAUCAAUCUACCUUAAAUUCAUAGUACAAAAAUAUAAUAAAAUAAAAGACAGGCAAAUAUGGAAUUUGAGAAACAUGUUGGAUUCUCCAAACACGCCGUGGUACCAAAAAUUGAACUAGCUUAUCAGGCGAUGCAAAAGAAGAAUAAGAAGUCUCACAGUAAGAAAAGCUUCAAAAAUUCCACAAAGCGUCAACCACAAAAAUGUCCAAGUAGUCAAGUCAUUUGGCGCAAGACGAUCGUGCUAACCAAAGUUAAGCAUAAAGCUAAUUUACCUAGGAUAUUUACUCCAGACCGCAUAACUGGAUUGCCACUUGAUUACGAGCGUACGGUAUCAAAAAUUAUGCAUUAUGUUAAUCCGCAGGCUUCAAAUAGUUCUAGCCCGGAUCAGUUGAUAGAGGAAUUCCUAACUCAAACACUAGUCGGUUAUUUGAAGAACUACACAUGCUGCGACCAAUCUUCGUUGAAAAAACAUAUGCGCAUGAUUUUACAAAUUCAGGGACCAAAUGUAGCACAAAGUUACCAUCGCAAUGAUGAAGAGCUGUUCGAGUUUCAUUGCGCCUGCAAGCGCAAGCCCAUCCCACCUGUCAAUAUAGUGCCAACAUAUGGAAGUAAAUUCAAUUACAACAAUUUGAAGAUAAAAAGCAAAUAGAAAGCCUUCUUACACAUGACCUAAACUCGGCUCAAAUUAAGCACAGUAAGGUCUUUAAAUUGUUUGUUUCAUAUAUGUAUAUGUGUAUUUCGACAUAUCUACAUGUAAUCAAAUCAAAUAACAUUGCCUACAAUGUGUGCAUCAUAUUCAUGAUGUAUGAGUCGAA